CAGUAGCCCCGCCCCCUGCCAUUAGCCGAUCGGGCCUAGUUACUGAACUGGAGCACCCCUCCUCCCUCUCCCCUCCCCUCUCCCCCACCCCUUCGUACAGCGGGCUCCUGCUGGCCCAGAGGGUCUUCAUUAAAGGGGAGGCAGGGUGUCUGGGCAGAGUCCAGGCAGGAAGUCCUUGCCUCCUACCUCCACUCAGGCAUUUGUCAUCUGGGAGUCCGCAUAAAAUAUGAGGGGCCAUCCUUCCCUGUUCUUAGUCUACGUGGGAUUGGCCAACUGUCUGGAUACCUUACCUCACAGAGAGCAAAAGCAAGUUCCUGACAUCUUCCUGGAUCCCCCGAAGGCCCAGAGUCUCCUAGUUUACCACAGGCGUUUUCCCCGAGCGAACCACUGGGACCUGGAGUUGCUGACCCCUGGGAACCUGGAACGGGAGUGUAUAGAGGAGAGGUGCUCCUGGGAGGAGGCCCGAGAGUGCUUCGAGGACAACACACUGACGGAACGCUUCUGGGAAGGCUAUAAGUACAAUGGCAAGGGAGGGCGUGGACGCGUGGACGUUGCAGGGCUGGCAGUGGGGCUGACCUCUGGGAUCCUGCUCAUCGUGUUGACUGGCUUGGGAGCCUUUUGGUAUCUACAGUACCGACGGCGGCGUCACCUCAGAGCCCAGGAGUCCUGUCUGCCUGAGACCGGGCUCAUCAUCCCUCUGAGUCCUCCGACGCCCCAGUCUCCACCCUUACCCCCAGGCCUCCCUACCUAUGAACAGGCUUUAGCAGCCUCUGGGAUGCACGACGCCCCUCCGCCCCCUUACUCCAGCCUCCGAAGGCCUCACUGAAGACCUGCUGCGAGCGCGGGCUCCCCGAACUGUGCCCCUGAUUCAUAGUGGAUUCCGGAAGUCGCCGGCUUCUUCGACGACGGCGCUUCAGUGUGUCCGUGGGGAGUCAGGGUCGUCGGACCCUAGGUCUACCAUGACACACGUGUUUCCGUCGGGCACGGAUACGCAAGUCCCUGACCAUCCCGUUGCCGAACCGGUGCCCCUGCCCCUCGCGCGACCCCCCACCUCUCCUGAGCAGCCUCCCUGCCUCGGAGUGGGCAGGACUCUUGGGAAACUCGGACCAGACUUGACUCGACCGUGUCCCCACCGGUGCCGCGGGGCGCGUACACGCAGGGAACCGUGCACCCGCCCGACUUGGUGUAUUUUCCUACUCGGGCACAAUCCAGCAUAAAGGUGGGGGGUGCAUUUGCAGUGUGCUGUAAGAGCGGUGUUGCGUUUGUGCUCACCCGGGGAAAGGAGUUGAGCUGAGCUGCCCUCUACCUAAGAAGAAAACCUCUGGAAAAGGAAGGGGGGAAGGACCUCCCCACACAAAAAAUCAAAAUUGAAACAGUGCGAGAAAAAUAAAAAUGCGAACGAACUGA